AACGCUUUUUGCCUUUUCAACAUCAAAUGCUGUCCAUUGCUGCCCGUUCCAUUAGAUCUUCCGGUUUCAAGACCGUUGCUCCUUUGACUGCCAUCCGCACCAAGGUCACUCUUCCCGAUCUUCCUUAUGGAUACCAGGCCCUUGAGCCCUAUAUCAAUGGAGAUAUCAUGGAGAUUCACCACAGCAAGCACCACCAAACCUAUGUCAACAACUAUAACGCUGCUGAAGAGAAAUUGGGAAGUGCUUUCCAAGCCAAUGAUCUCACUCAACAAUUGACUCUCCAAAACGCACUCAAGUUCAACGGUGGAGGUCAUAUCAAUCAUAGUUUGUUCUGGCAAAACCUUGCUCCCAAGAGCGAAGGUGGCGGUGAACUUCCCAAGGGUUCCCUUCUCAGUGCCAUUCAAAAGGAGUGGGGUUCCUUUGAAAGCUUUGUCGGUCAAUUCAACACUGCUGCAGCUGGUGUUCAAGGUUCCGGCUGGGCAUGGUUGGGUUACAACAAGGCUGCUAAGCGUCUAGAGAUUGCCAGCACCCAGAACCAAGAUCCUCUUCUUCACCUUGUUCCUCUUCUCGGUGUUGAUGUCUGGGAACACGCCUACUAUCUUCAAUACAAGAAUGCUCGUCCCGAGUACUUGAAGGCUAUCUGGGAGGUAAUCAACUGGAAGACUGUUGCCGAGCGUUUCGCCAAGGCUCAGUAAGUCAUGGCAGUAAGCCUUGGUUACCAACGAAAUGAGUUGGUUGCAUUCAUCCAUCCAUUAUAAAAAUCAUGUUUAGCUUUUAAAGAAACGGUACAGAGCAUUGUUAUGAGAGUAAAUGUGGUUCCAUAGUGGUGUUAACGCAAUUGAGAUCAAAA